UCCAGAGGUGUCAUUUGACACUGACGACAGAGUACUUAUUUCCUAUGCAAAACAGCCCGGGCAGAAAGACAAACCUAAAUAAGAAUCUAACUUCUGUAAGGAGAAGCUGUGAAGAGUGAUGCUGGCAGCUGCCUUUGCAGACUCUAACUCCAGCAGCAUGAAUGUGUCCUUUGCUCACCUCCACUUUGCCGGAGGGUACUUGCCCUCUGAUUCCCAGGACUGGAGAACCAUCAUCCCGGCUCUCUUGGUGGCUGUCUGCCUGGUGGGCUUCGUGGGAAACCUGUGUGUGAUUGGCAUCCUCCUUCACAGUGCUUGGAAAGGAAAGCCAUCUAUGAUCCACUCCCUGAUUCUGAAUCUCAGCCUGGCUGAUCUCUCCCUCCUGCUGUUUUCUGCACCUGUCCGAGCUACAGCGUACUCCAAAAGUGUUUGGGAUCUAGGCUGGUUUGUCUGCAAGUCCUCUGACUGGUUUAUCCACACAUGCAUGGCAGCCAAGAGCCUGACAAUCGUUGUGGUGGCCAAAGUAUGCUUCAUGUAUGCAAGUGACCAAGCCAAGCAAGUGAGUAUCCACAACUACACCAUCUGGUCAGUGCUGGUGGCCAUCUGGACUGUGGCUAGCCUGUUACCCCUGCCGGAAUGGUUCUUUAGCACCAUCAGGCAUCAUGAAGGUGUGGAAAUGUGCCUCGUGGAUGUACCAGCUGUGGCUGAAGAGUUUAUGUCGAUGUUUGGUAAGCUCUACCCACUCCUGGCAUUUGGCCUUCCAUUAUUUUUUGCCAGCUUUUAUUUCUGGAGAGCUUAUGACCAAUGUAAAAAACGAGGAACUAAGACUCAAAAUCUUAGAAACCAGAUACACUCAAAGCAAGUCACAGUGAUGCUGCUGAGCAUCGCCAUCACCUCUGCUCUCCUGUGGCUCCCCGAGUGGGUAGCUUGGCUGUGGGUAUGGCAUCUGAAGGCUGCAGGCCCGGCCCCACCACAAGGUUUCAUAGCCCUGUCUCAAGUCCUGAUGUUUUCCAUCUCUUCUGCAAAUCCUCUCAUUUUUCUUGUGAUGUCGGAGGAGUUCAGGGAAGGCUUGAAAGGUAUAUGGAAAUGGAUGAUAACCAAAAAACCUCCAGCUGUCUCAGAGUCUCAGGAAACACCAGCUGGCAACUCAGAGGGUCUUCCUGACAAGGUUCCAUCUCCAGAAUCCCCAGCAUCCAUAUCAGAAAAGGAGAAACCCAGCUCCCCCUCCUCUGGCAAAGGCAAAACUGAGAAGGCAGAGAUUCCCAUCCUUCCUGAUGUAGAGCAGUUUUGGCAUGAGAGGGACACAGUCCCUUCUGUACAGGACAAUGACCCUAUCCCCUGGGAACAUGAAGAUCAAGAGACAGGGGAACGUGUUAAAUAGAUUUAAGUUUCAAAGCAAAACAAAUUGUGAUUAUUGUACUUACUUGUACUGCUGCUUAUCAAUAUUGCUGACUUUUACAAACUAUGAUAUAAUUAUUACCAUUAGGAAUUAUAAAAAUAUUUCACAAUCUACACUUUCCAAAUGUGCAAUGUGGUAAGUAGAGAACCAUGUUAGAAGUAAUAAUUGUGUUUCAGAAUUAGAACCUGGCUUCCCAAGCAAUUUAAGUGUUGUGUAAAGAUGCUGCUGUCAAAGUGAUUAGAUAGCCCAGCUAUUCUGUCAUUUGUUCACAGUGGUUUUACUGGGUACCCCCUAGGACCAGCCCUGUAGUGGACCAGUUGGAGCCUGGAGUAGAGGUUCUGUCAAAGCUGAGCCCCUUUACCUUCAGUUUCAUCCGGGACCUGCUAGUCCUAAUUCUACCUACUGAAUUGUAUUUCACGUAACCAAAGCUCAAAAUCUACUUUCGCUUGAGAUUUUUAACAUAUUAAUGAUAAAUUUUAAUGCAUUAUUCAUUUACUUCAUAAGUGUUAAUUUACCUGACGAAAAGGCCAUAUCAUAAUGUUCAUGACUGAAGGUCAAAGAAAAAGAAACAACACCUUAUUCCAAUUCUGGACUAAUUUCAAGCCAUGGCUGGUUCUGGCUAAGUUUAAAUAAAUUCAAACUUAUACUAAACCCUGCUUCAGUGAACUUUUUAAAACUACCUGAAUGAGUCUUCAGUUUCUAACUCUGAGAAUUUUAGCAGCUUUCCAAUGACAUUCAAUAGUCUAAUAUGGGGGGAAAAGGUACUUAAAAAAUGCCCUCUCUUCACUUCCAAAAUGUGGGAAAGUUACUUUUCUAUAAGCAGAAAUGUGCUCCUCCUAAUAUCUCCUUUCUCCCAAGAUAAACCAUGGUUAAUGAUAUAGGUAUAGAUUACUCCUCAAAUAUAAAUAGAAGAUGGAGACUGUGAUCUUUCUUGUUAAUGGUACUAAACUUACCCUUACCCAGAACAUUGAACUUGAACCCUACUCAACUUUUAAAAUACUAUAGGAUUUCUAAGUUGUAAAAAUAAUCGAGCAACCUGAGAAAGAGAUUAAUAUCAAAAAGAGAAAAUUCAACAAAGACAGAAUUUGGUUAAGAAUACAAAAUAAAAAGCAUAAGGGCAACGCAGAAAGAAAAGCAGUAAAACUGUGUACCCACAUAUGGUAAAAUCUGAGUAAUAGGCAAUAACCAUUCAUUUUAUAGCAAGGUAAAACAUACUCAAUAAAACAUGAUUAUGAUAUAUUUCUGCCCCUUUUAAGUAUAAUGACAUUCACCCAUGAUUCUUGAUUACUUUGUUAUGGAACUCGGGUAUUUUCACUGCAAGUUUCCCUCAGAAUAGAAAUGCCUUUAGGGCAAACCAAGCAAUGGAGAAUCUGAAAUAUAAAGAACAUGUCAUGGAAAAAAAAAGAUUUUGUGUUUUAUGUUGUCUAUGGGUUUCCGGAUUCUUUGCUUUUUCAUAAGUGGUCAUAGUUUGCUUUUUAACACAGGAGGUAGGGCUAUAUUCUUUUUACUUCCUUCAUUACAAAUUUUAUUUGAAGCUCAUGUAUUCAAAUAAAGUAAAAUUUAACCCAAGAAGCCAAAAUAUUGUUUUGUGAUAUGGUAGCUGUAAAAAGGAUUAUCAUUGUCUGUGAUUAUUUGAAUUAAUAAUUUUUAUGUUCAUUGUAUGUAGUAAAUUUAGGAUGUAAGCUUCCAGAGUUUGACACUUUAAACUUGUAAAGAAAUAAAAAUAAUUACGCUUUACUUCAGAUAGUUUUUGGAGAUUUAAAGCUGUCUUUGUCUUGAAUUAUCAUUCCAAAAUCAUUAUUAGGAACAAUGGAGCUUUAUGGGGCUCUUUGACCUUAACAGUGAACAGGUCUCAGGGUGAACUGAUUUUCGGAGUUUGCUAACAAGCACCAAAUCAAGAUGCAGACACUGGAACAAAGAGUAAUUACAAUGAACCUUUCAUUAAGAACCUGAUACACAAAGUCAGUCCCGAAUUGAUCGCUUAAAAAAUCUGCUUAGAGAAGUUUGAUUUGCAUCUUAUCUCAUCAAACCCAGAUACGCUAAGACAAAAGUAGGAAAUUAGAACAGAUAUCACCAAACUGUUUUCUUCUCAUUUCUCUACUGUGAGAAACAAUGUAGUAAGUGGGCAAACAAUACUAUGUGGAAUUCAGAAUAACAAAAUAAGGCAUUCUGGAAACUUUACCCUUGUAAGACAGUCAUAUUUCUACAUACUACAUAAUAGUUGUGCUCCUUCUGGCAAGCACUUCAAUUUCAUUCCUCACAGUACUUAAAAAUCACUCAAUGAACUUAUAAAAUGAACUUCAAAGAAAGAAAAAAAGGAAACAAAAAGGUGUGGCGGUUGACGCCUGUAAUCCUAGCACUUUGGGUGGCCGAGGUGGGAGAAUGGCUUGAGGCUAGGCGUUUGAGACCAGCCUGGGCAACAGAGUGAAACCAUUUCUAAAAAAAUUAAAAAAAAAAAAAAAAGCCAGACAUGGUAAUGCAUGCUUGCAGUCUCAGCUACUCAGAAGGCAUACUGAAACCAAGAGUUCAAAGUUACAGUGAGCUAUGAUGGCACCACUGCACUCCAGCCUAGGAGACAGAGUGAGAUCCUUUGUACGAAUAAAAAGAAAAAACAUAUCCUGUUUAUCAACUUUACAGCUGAAGACCUUAGUCUGAUCAAUGCCAGGUUCCUACACACAGAGUUCACAAAAUUUCCAUGGCACUUAAUAGAUUUAAGCUAAGAACUAUAUAACAUGGAUGUGAAUGUGUGUGUCUGUGACUGCAUACACACAACAUACAAAUACAGAUCUGUUGGUAUUCCUUCUUUCUAGGAUUUGUUACAAUCAUAGUGGGUAUGAGAUAAUGGAAAAUAAAUUAUUCUAUUAACAUAUAUAUUUUCUUAAAUAUUUUAUUUAUGUAGCACUCUGAAAUGAGCAACCUAUGAAGGCAUAAAAUAAAAAGAUUUUUUUUUAACUCAGGAGGUAAAGCUAGAUAUAUCAAUUAGGAACUGAUUCAUGGUGUGAUGUACACGACAUGCUGAAAGAAUGCCAAAAAGGUGCAAACCAUCAUACAUUAAUACAAAGGACAAAAACAAAAAAAACCCCAGCAUCUUCUUGCUAUGAGGCAAUAAGGCACUGCUAAGAGACUUGAGCACCAAAAUGAUUCUCUACAAAUUCCUUCCUUUUUAUACUGCAAAUACUCCAUUAUUAUAUUCAAACCUUUAAAAACUAGGUAAUACUUAAGAUUUAGAGUCAACUUACUUUGUGCGAAAUUCUAUUUGCUGCUUCUUUUAAAAACAGGUUAAAAUAAGCUCUUAAAAAUUAAGUAACAAUAAUCAUAUACAAUACAGAUAUAUAAAAAGGGUUGGUUUAUUGUAGUUCAAAUACAUAAACUGAACAUUCAAACAUCUUAAAAUUAAACUUUAGCAACAAAGUUUAACAUUCAAACAGGAGUAUAGUUUACAAGAAA